AUGCAGGCCCGUAGCCUCCGCACCCGAGGCACGAUGAAUGAGAACGAUGAAAACGGGCCUUCGACGCGUCUGACGCGGGCCAAGUCGGCUGCUCUCACUGACAGUGGCGCCACCAAGAAGCCCCUGCAGACCAAGCGGGCGGCCACAACCAACGCCAAUGGGCCCCAACGUCGAGCGAUGGCUCUCAAGGACGUGAGCAACGUCAACAAGGGUGAUGAUGCGGAGACCAAGGUUGGAAAGAAGGGCGCUGUCAAGCCUGGCUUGACCUCCAAGGCGACCACUCAGACGGGAGCGGUUCAGAAGCUCAGCCGUACCAACUCGUCACGAGCGGGGCCUCGAGACAAUGUUGCCAAGAAGACUACCUCAUCCGACAUCAAGCGUUCAGGGAGCGGACCCGGUGCCAUUGGGAGCACAAAGAAGCGGCCCUCGAGCCAAAAGUCGAUCCCGGAGGAACCUGCGCUGGCUGACGAGCCUCCCCGCAAGAAGCUUGACAGCAAGAUCCCCCGCGCCCGGGAUGAAGAGGUUGUUACAGAGAGCAUCGCGUUGGCCCCUGGCGUGAUCGACCUGGAUACUGAGGACCUGGACGACCCCUUGAUGGUUGCUGAAUACGUGGUUGAGAUCUUUGAUUACCUGAAGGACCUCGAGCUGCGGACACUGCCCAAUCCCGACUACAUCGAGCACCAACCUGACCUGGAAUGGAAGAUGCGUGGUAUCCUGGUUGACUGGCUGAUUGAGGUCCACACGCGUUUCCGUCUGCUCCCCGAAACCCUGUUCCUGGCGGUCAACAUAAUCGACCGUUUCCUGUCGGCCGAGGUGGUGGCUCUGGACCGCCUGCAGCUCGUCGGCGUGACGGCCAUGUUCAUUGCCUCCAAGUACGAGGAGGUCCUUUCUCCCCACGUUGCCAACUUCAGCCACGUCGCCGAUGAGACCUUUUCGGACAAGGAGAUCCUGGAUGCGGAGCGCCACAUCCUGGCAACCCUGCAGUAUAACAUGAGCUUCCCCAACCCCAUGAACUUCCUGCGUCGGAUUUCCAAGGCCGACAACUACGACAUCCAGACUCGGACUCUGGGCAAGUACCUCAUGGAGAUCAGCCUUCUCGACCACCGGUUCAUGGCCUAUCCGCAAAGCCAGAUCUCUGGCGCCGCCAUGUACCUGGCGCGUCUUAUUCUGGAGCGUGGACCCUGGGACGAAACAUUGGCCCAUUACUCCGGGUACACAGAGGAGGAAAUCGACCCUGUCUUCCGCUUGAUGGUCGACUAUCUCCACCGUCCUGUCUGCCACGAGGCCUUCUUCAAGAAGUAUGCCAGCAAGAAAUUCCUGAAGGGUGAGUAUCCUCUGGUCCCCUCUUUGGUCAUAACUAACGCGUCUCGCAGCUUCAAUCCUCACGCGUCAAUGGGCCAAAAAGUAUCACCACUUGUACAUUGA